AUGUGCUUAUAAAUAUUAAGACUGAAGAGCGGGCUGAACAAUAGUAAAUUUAAAUUUGAAAGAAUACUUAAUAUAAAUAAAGUUAUUAAAUAUAAAUCAAGUCAAGAUGGCAUCGUUUGGAGCAUGGGAUUAUGCUGUUUUUAUUCUGAUGUUACUGAUUUCUGCAAGUAUUGGAGUCUAUUAUAGAUUUACUGGAGGAAGGCAGAAAACCACACAGGAGUACCUCCUGGCCGACAGGAAUAUGAACAUAUGGCCAGUGGCCUUUUCGCUGAUGGCCUCCUUCAUGUCGGCAAUAACAUUAUUGGGAGUCUCAACGGAAAAUUACACCUUCGGGACUUUAUUUGUGAUCAUCAAUCUUAGUUAUGGAUUGGCGACACCAAUUGCAGCCUAUUUGUACCUGCCUGUUUUCUUUAGGCUGCAGGCCACCAGCGCCUACGAGUAUCUCCAUCGAAGAUAUGGUGGUGCAACACGUCUAGCUGCAAGUAUAGCCUACACUCUUCAGAUGGUUCUCUAUAUGGGAAUUGUUUUGUAUGCUCCUGCUUUAGCACUUGAAGCAGUAACUGGUCUUUCCAAGGCUGGCGCCAUCCUAACAGUAGGCCUGGUGUGCACUUUCUACUCAACAGUUGGUGGAAUGAAAGCAGUCCUAAUCACGGAUGUAUUCCAAUCCAUCUUGAUGUUUGGGGCAAUCUUCAGUGUUAUUGGAGUCGCCUGGGCGAGAUUUGGACUCGAAGGCAUUUGGCAGAGAGCCACUGAUGGGGGACGAAUAGAAUUCCUCAAUUUUGAUCCGGAUCCCACGACCAGACACACCUGGUGGUCGUUGAUUAUUGGAGGUGGAUUUACAUAUUUGUCGCUUUAUGGUGUUAACCAAACCCAAGUUCAACGUUUGUUGACAGUGAAGGACUUGAAAUCAUCGCAAAGGGCCUUGUGGCUCAACUGGCCUAUACUGUCUUUGUUAUCCCUCAGUACAUCACUGAGCGGUUUGGCUAUUUAUGCUAAUUACAAAGACUGUGAUCCGCUUAAAGAAGGCAGGAUUAGCAGCAGUGACCAGUUGAUGCCAAUAUUCGUAGUAGACAACUUUUCCCACCUGCCAGGAUUAUCAGGUCUCUUCGUAGCUGGUAUUUUCUCAGCAUCUUUGUCAACAGUAUCAGCAGCAGUCAACAGUUUAGCAGCUGUUACGAUGGAGGAUUAUAUAAAGCCUUUGUACAAAGUUAUUAUGAAGAAGCCUUUUCCUGAUGUCGGAGGAGCUUUGUAUAGUAAACUUUUGGCUUUGUUUUAUGGUAUACUUUGUGUUGCCGUUGCUUUUGCUGCUGAAAGCCUUGGAGGAGUCCUACAGGCAUCAUUGACAAUCUUUGGUGUAGUCGGAGGACCGUUGUUUGCAAUGUUUACGCUCGGAAUGUUUACCACAAGAGCUAAUCAAAAGGGCGUUUUAACUGGAUUAGUGUGCGGCUUAGCAUUUUCUUUAUGGAUCGGUUUUGGAGGUCCCAAACCGCCUCCAAAAACUCUGCCAGUUUCAACACAAGGAUGCCCUUAUAAUAAUGGAACUCAUACUUAUCAAUCUAGUGUAUUCCGGGCAGCUCAACCAAUUGAUGAUAGUGACUACUUCUACCUCUACCGUCUCUCCUACUUGUGGUACAGCGUCCUAGGAUUUCUGGUGACUUUCAUCAUAGGAGCCUUAGCGAGUGUCAUCUACGAGUGUGCAGGAUUGGAACCACGUCCAGAUUACAUGCACCUGGAUCCUAAUUUGUUCAGCCCUCCAUUUGCUCGUAGAGUCAGACGUAAACAGGCAGCUAUGCUCACGAAUGGGGUUGCUCAGUUGAGCGAUGUGGAACCAGUCAAAAACAACAAAUUAAUCUAUGAUACCCACAUGUGACAAUCAAUAAGUGUUGAUAGCAAAAUGGACAAAGUUGCUAUUACGGAAGUAUAAAGUAAGUUUUGUAACCAAUUAAUUUCAUUAAAAAUGAUGAGAGACUUUGAAAUGAUGAAAAAUUCGUUUUAUCAUAGUACAUAAUUAUUAUGUAUAUAUACUCUAACUUAAAAUCUACCU